CCCUUGACCCUGCUUACCUGCAUGAGUUUCGGCGCUACAGCCUCUCAACACAAUCGACUGUUGGAUCUCGUAGCCUGUCGCAAAGUCUAGACCACACGUGCCUUCUCUCGCUGCUCCUCCUCGUUUAAUUACCCACUUGCUCUAUUUUCCGAGCCUCUUUGAAAUCUUUUCUUCUCGCCGUGUGCCUCUAGCGACGUUCUCUUCUCCGCAACUCCUCUCGUUGUCGUGAUACCCUCGGUCCUUUCUCCAGACGGCCUCGUCCUCGCCCGUCAUGUCGUCCUCCUCGUCCAAGGGCGCAAGCCCGCCUGCCAUCGACUCCAAGCGGCUGGAGAGCAACCAGCUGUCCAGCGUCGAAGACACCGCCGACCACCUCCUCGAGACCCUCGGCUACACGCCCGAGCUGUCGCGCAACCGAUCGACGGCCCAAGUCGCCUUCAUGUCCUUUGUCCUCGCCUCGAUCCCGUACGGCUUGGCCACGACGUUAUACUACCCGUUGCUGGGAGGCGGCCCUGUUGACAUCAUCUGGGGUUGGGUCCUGGUCUCUCUCAUCAUCAUCUGCGUCGCAGCCUCGCUGGGCGAAAUCACGAGUGUUUAUCCUACUGCCGGAGGUGUCUACUAUCAAGCCUUUAUGCUGGCUUCUCCCAAGUGGAGGCGCAUUGCAAGCUGGAUCACCGGUUGGCUCUUCAUCGUUGGCAAUAUCACAAUCACCCUGGCCGUCAACUUUGGCAGCACCUUGUUCUUCGUUUCGUGCAUCAAUGUGUUUGAAAAGGAGCCUGGUGUCGGCAUCUUUGCUGGUGAAACAUGGCAGGUUUUCCUCAUCUUCUUGGCUCUGACGCUGUUCUGCAAUGCCGUGUCUGCCUUUGGCAAUAAGUGGCUCCCUUGGCUAGAUACUGCCGCUGUUUUCUGGACAUUUGCUGGUGUCAUUGCCCUCAUGGUCACUAUUCUGGUCCUUGCCAAGGAGGGACGAAACGAUGCCAAAUGGGUAUUUGGCCACUUUGAAUCCUUCUCCGGCUGGCCCAGCGGAUGGUCUUUCUGCGUUGGCUUGCUUCACGCUGCAUAUGCUACCUCUUCAACAGGAAUGAUCAUUUCCAUGUGCGAAGAAGUCAGAGACCCUGCCACCCAGGUCCCCAAGGCCAUGGUUGCCACCAUCGUCAUCAACACCAUUGCCGGCCUGCUGUUCCUCGUCCCUCUCGUCUUCGUCAUCGACGACCUGCAGGCCCUCGCCGAGCUUGUUAGCGCCCAGCCCGUGCCUCCCAUCAUCAAGUCCGCCGUCGGCUCUUCUGGCGGUGCCAUUGGCCUCCUCAUCCCCAUCAUGGUCCUCGCCGUCAUGUGCGGAAUUGGCUGCACCACCGCCGCGUCUCGUUGCACUUGGGCCUUUGCCCGUGAUGGUGCCAUCCCGGGCUCCAAGUGGUGGGUCAAGGUCAACAAGACUCUGGACGUGCCUCUCAACGCCAUGAUGCUCAGUAUGGUUGUACAAAUCAUCCUUGGAGUCAUCUACUUUGGCUCUUCCGCCGCCUUCAACGCCUUCUCCGGCGUCGGUGUCAUUUGCCUGACCGCCGCGUAUGGAACUCCCGUUGCCAUCAGUCUGCUAAGCGGAAGGAAGCAAGUCCGCAGGGGCAAGUUCUAUCUUGGCCAUCUUGGUACUUUCUGCAAUGUCAUCACAGUUGCAUUCUCCAAUUCCAUAAUUGCUAUUGCCAAGUAGUUGACUAACUGAAUACGUUUCACAGCCUGGUCUCUGCUUGCUAUGCCGCUGUUUUGCAUGCCGACUGUCAUCCCCGUCACAGCCGAGACAGUCAACUAUGCUCCCGUUGUGUUUGUUGCCGCGAUGCUCGUCUCCGGUAUCUGGUACUGGGCAUGGGGCCACAAGAACUAUGCCGGCCCCCCUGUGCAUGAAGAUUAAGCGAGUUUGGACCCUUUUCAAUUUUUUAAAUAUAUAUAUAUAUUUCCUUCUCGAUAAGGACAAAAAGAGGAUUUUUGAUACCCAAGGAGUGGCGUUUGGUGGCUGGUGUUUUUUGAGGUGAACGAUGAUGGCGGGAAACAAAAUUUACAUAGUUGGCUGAAUAAAUUAUGAAUUUUGAACACUCAGUUGUCGUUGCUCCUUCGUCUUGGCAUAGAAUUGACUCAAAACAGACGUCCAGUUGUCUUGAAAGGAGUCAAACUCGUGUCAUAUGCCGUUGUCAUCGAGAAUUUCACCAAAGCAGCAACACUUGCGAAGACUGAGCUCAAGGUAAGAAUCGGUAUCCCUUUCUUUCUGAGACUUGAACUGCGCACUGACUACAAACUGGGCAGACUCAUGAAACUGUCUCCUCAUACUCCCUGCAGAAAGAAAGAAGCAAAUAACGUGAGACUGCUCACCGUCACUUCGCUUGCUUGACUC